UAACUUUUUUAGUACAAUUAAACCAGAAAACGUUGCCAAUUUAACCUCCAUCUUUCUCCACCGACGCCACCGCCGCUAAAGCGAUUUGCAGCGCCGUGUUGCACGAAACCCAGCUGCCGGCUUCGCCACUGUGGUGAAGUAGAAGCCAACCCCUUUGUCUCCAAUAUCUGCUUGGAGAUUUUGGCUUAUAGAAAUCGAGGUGAUUCAAGUUAUUUAAGGUGGAAUUUUCUUGAAGUGUUUGGGUUUUGCUGGUGUCCCGUUUGUCGAAUUUUGGCGUCUCCGUUUUUAAGCACUGGACAAAGGAAAAGGGGAGAUUUUUCGGGCUCUAUUGGAUAAUAGAGAGAGAUGGUGGUUUCUUCAGCGAACGCCUUUGCAAAGGAAAUGAGCAUAAGAAAAAGGAUUGCUGGCAUAUACAAUAAACGAGAAGAGGACUUCUCAUCCUUGCGUGAAUACAAUGACUACUUGGAAGAGGUAGAAGAUAUGAUAAUUAAUUUAGUCGAGGGGAUAAAUGUCCCCGCUAUCGAAGCAAGAAUUUCCGAGUACCAGAGAGAAAACGCUGAGCAGAUCAUGAACGCUCAAGCUCGCAAGGCCGAGGAAUAUGCAUCUGCUUUAGCAGCAAGCAAAGGACAAGUUCAAACAACUGGAAUCGAUGUUUCCUCCGGCUCCCAAGUAGGCACGAGCAACGUUCCGCAGGGGCAAUACGCACCUGCAGUUGCUGGAGGAAUUGCACAGCCUCGGCCAAUGGGCAUACCUAACCCACUUGGGUCGGGUCAUGACAUGAUGGGACUUGAAUACGAAGACGAAGAAACAAGGAGAAUCCGAGCAGAGAAGGCAGCCAGGGCGGGUGGAUGGAGUUUUGAGAUAAGCAAGAAAAGGGCUCUUGAAGAAGCUUUUGCUAGCAUUUGGGUAUGAUUUUCAUACAUUAUUACAUCUCACAUAACAAUUUUCGCCGUUCUUUUUUUGGUGACGAGGGCUUUCUUGGUGCGUUCGGGAGAUUUGUUAUUUAUUCGACGUAGAUGACCAUGUCGAAUUGAUUUUACACUUUCUACCUCUCUAGUAGUGCAAGGUUUUAAUGGUUCCUAGUUUACCAUGUGGCCAUAGCAACUCGAACUUCCAACCUAUUAAUUGGAGGGAAAAGUCUUACCAACUAAAUUGUUAAACUCUGCAUCAUCAAGUAUGUCUUAAGUUGAUGCCUUCUUAAUUUUAAAUUUUUUUUGUUUGUAAUUUAA